AUGUCAACAACGUAUCGACCAAUCAGAAAAUUAAAGACAACGCCUUCCAAAAUGUACCGAACGACUAUCGAAAAAUCGAUAUGUCAUGGAAAAGGAAAAUUUUUAGAUUUACAUGGAGUCAAGUGCAUCAGCGACGACAUGAUAGUCUACUCGAAAAACAUCCAUGAACACAAAGAACUAUUAAGUAAAUUGUUUAAACGUUUGAAAGCUCAUGGGUUUAAAGUAAAUGGUAGUAAAUGCUUAAUUGGUAAAAGUACUAUAUCAUUUUUUGGUAUUAUUUUAUCAUCAAGUGGUAUCCGUCCAGACCCAGAAAAAGUCCAGUGCUUAUCAAAUGCAAAUGCACCAACAAACGUAAGUGAGUUAGAAUCAUUUUUAGGACUCUGUACUUACAUGAGCCGCUCUAUUCAGAACUUUUCCGAGAAAACUACCCCUCUUCGCGAAUCGGUAAAGAAAGAUGUAAAAUUUACAUGGACAGAUCGCCAUGAACAGGCAUUUCAAAUGUUAAAAUCUGAGCUAACUUCUAAUACCGUUGUAUCCUUUUUCGAUCCCCAUAAACCGAUAACAUUGUGGGUCGUUCCUUGCAAUUAUGCUAUUGGUGGUAUUCUUUUACAACCGGAUGACGAAGGACAUCCAAAACCUGUCUGUUACACCUCUCGUGCAUUAUCUCAAACUGAACAAAAAUAUUCAGUUACUGAAAAAGAAAGUUUAGCCGUAGUCCACGCUGUUUUAAAAUGGCAUGUUUAUUUAUAUCAUGCAGAAUUUACAAUUAUAGUUGAUCAUAAUCCAUAUAAGGUCAUAAUAAGUGCGAAAAAUAUUGCUGAUUACAUUAGUAGAAUACGUAACAAUGCUCCAACUGGUGAGAACAUUACAAAUGAAUAUGCAAAUUUUAUUACAAAUAAAUCCGUACCACACUCUAUGUCGUUAAAUGAAAUACACACAGCCUCAGAAAAUGAUGACGAAAUUCAAGAAAUACGUAAAGCACUUACAUCCGACAAUUGGUCCUCGUUACAAAAAUAUGAAGUUUAUAAAGAAGAAUUUUGUGAAGUUAUUGGUAUUACAUUACGUAGAAAUCGUUUGUUUAUUCCGAAAUCAUUAGUGCAGGAAAUCAUGGAAAUAGCACAUCAUUCAUGUUUUGGUAUAGUAAAAUUAAAAAGUUUGCUACGUUGCAAAGUUUAUUGGUACAACAAGGACAGAGACAUCGAUAUUCUCGUUCAAUCAUGUCCAUCAUGUCAAAAGAUAGGCAGACACAACAAACCAACACCUGUACAAAUGACCGAAUUACCGACAUCACCAUGGUCACACAUUGCAGCCGAUUUUUAUGGUAAUUUACCGACAGGUGAGAAAAUUCUAGUAAGUACAGAUUUAUUUUCGAAGUUCCCGAUUGUUGAAGUUAUCAAAUCUACGACGUUCAAUAUUGUAUCUACUCGCCUUGAUAAUCUCUUUUCAAUUUUUGGUUAUCCCGAAAUGAUAAAAACGGAUAAUGGACCCCCUUGA